GCAUAAUCAAGUUCACAAUCCCUUUUCCUAAAUUUCAAAGUUCCAAUAUAAGAUUAUAAUUCCGAAAUUAAAAUGGCCACCAUCAAAGCUAUUGCUGUUCUCUGUUUAGUACUUUGUAUGUCUGUGAUUGAAUCAGGAGCAGGGCGUGUGGCCAGGAAGGACCUCGGCCUUGAUCUUGGUGGCUUGGGAGUUGGCCUUGGCCUUGGCUUGGGCUUGGGCUUAGGCGGUGGAAGUGGGUCGGGUGCUGGAGCCGGGUCUGGAUCAGGAUCCGGGUCUGGCUCCUAUUCGUCUUCGUCAUCACACUCAUCAAGCUCUAGCUAUGGAGGCUCCGGCGCAGGCUCCGAAGCUGGUUCUUACGCUGGAUCUUACGCAGGGUCACGUGCUGGCUCAGGUUCCGGCAGAGGAAACGGCCGCGGCGGCGGAGAGGGUCAUGGCUACGGCGAGGGACGUGGUUACGGUGAAGGCGGUAACAACUGAGAGAAAGAUAUUGAAUAAAAACCACGCUAAAGGGUGGUAUUGGUAAUUAUAAUUAGUAGAGUUUGUGUCAUUGUGUGUGCGUUUAUGAUUUUCUCUACUUCAAGUUUAAGGGUAAAUGAAGUUGUGUAUUUAUAGUAUACUUAGUUAAUAUUAUUGUCUUUCACUUGUCUACCGUUUUAAGUUUUUACAUAAUAAAAUCACCAUGAGUGAUAUCAUUCAACCUACUUCCAAUAAAAAAGAU